GCAGCCAAUCGCGAGCGAGGAGGGAAACAGCUGACGCUGAACAACACAACACACACGGCGUCGUCUGCUCCUGCAGGUGCUGCUGUGUAGUGGACUCGUGCACGCAGCGCGCGCGCGUACAGUCCCCCCGGGCGGCUGGUCGGUGUGGGGCUGCUGCAGGACCCUGGCUUUCCGGCCGGGUUGAUGCGUUUUGCAAUCUGUGGCUGCUUUUGCGAGAGGGACGUGCUGUGAGCUCCCCCAGCGAGGAAGAGGAGGACGCCCGGUGCUCGCCGCCCGACCGUCCCCGGCCAGCCCCGCACGAUGGCCCCGUCUCUCGUCCGCGCGUGCCGCAGUCUGGCUCUCUCGACGUGGCUGCUGUCCUUCUGCUUCGUCCACCUGCUGUGUCUGGACUUCACGGUGGCGGAGAAGGAGGAGUGGUACACCGCCUUCGUCAACAUCACCUACUUGGACCCCGUCACGUCGGAGGUGCGGACGGAGAAAACCGAGUGCGGUCGCUACGGCGAGCACUCGCCCAAGAGGGAAGCCAAGGGGCUGGUUCUGCUGCCCUCGCUCCCGCAGGACAGGCAGGCGUGCGACCCCAACGUCCGGUUCCCCCCCGCGCCUCACCACGCCGCCUGGGUGGCGCUGGUGGCCGCGGGCAACUGUACGUACAGGGAGAAGAUCCGUAACGUUGCCAACCUCAACGCCUCUGCAGUUGUCAUCCACAACGUGGGCAACAGCAGUCCCAACGAAACCAUAACGAUGCCCCAUCCAGGUACGGGUGACGUUGUCGUCAUCAUGAUCCCAGAGAAUAAAGGUCAUGAGAUUGUGGCCUUGCUGGAGCAGCACGUCGUGAUCACGCUGCACAUCACUAUAGGAACCCGCAACCUGCAGAAGUACGUGAGCAGAACAUCGGUAGUGUUUGUCUCCAUCUCCUUCAUCGUGCUCAUGAUCAUCUCCCUCGCUUGGCUCGUCUUCUACUACAUCCAGAGGUUCCGCUACGCAAAUGCACGGGACCGCAACCAGAGACGUCUUGGAGAUGCUGCCAAAAAAGCCAUCAGCAAGCUUCAAGUGCGCACCAUUAGGAAAGGAGACAAGGAGACCGACUCUGACUUUGACAACUGUGCAGUUUGCAUUGAAGGUUAUAGGCCUAAUGAUGUUGUAAGGAUAUUACCAUGCAGACAUGUCUUCCAUAAACACUGUGUAGACCCAUGGUUACAAGACCACCGGACGUGUCCCAUGUGUAAAAUGAACAUCCUCAAAGCCUUAGGAAUCCAACUCAACGCAGACUGCUCAGAUGAGAUUCCUCCGGACUACGAGAUGUCCGUCGGCGGUCAACCCACCAACCCCAUCAGUGGGGCGAGUGAAAUCACAGUGAACGAGAGCUCGGUGGUGCUGGAUCCCACGGGCAGAGCGAUAGGCCUGCAGCAGCUCCAACCUGAUGCAGAAAUGGCCCUCGAGGCGGGGGAGAGCCACAUCUUUGCCAGCAGUGAGCACCAGCCGCCACUCAGCAGUGAUUCUGUCACGUCUGCCAUCAUGGGCGUGGAGGUGUGUAUGUCCGAAACAGACCUGUCCACGGAGCAAGAAUGUGACGAGGCCAAAUCCUGGGCCAGUCCGAGCUGAGAAAACCAAAACAGCACGAAUCACCCGGAAAAGGAGGAUGAGAGCAGAACAGGGUGAUCGGGGGGCUCCCGGAGAUUCCUCCAGGUGUUUUGCACCUGGAGGAAGUGAGCUCAUAGAAGAUGGGCAAAUGAGCAACACAACCCCUAGCAGCACAAAACACCCCAUUCUGUCAGACUUGUCCCUGAGUCUGCAGACAUGUCGCUUGCUCGUUUUCUUGUGGUGGUCUAGUUGCUGUCCACGUAACGUUUAUCACACCCUUAAACCUAGCAUCAGAAAUACACACACAGUAAGUGAGAUGUCAGUGGCCUUCACAGUACUGACAAGGCAAAAUAUGUUUCUCCUCACUCUGGCAAACCAAAACAUGCUGCUGGACACAAUGUGGGGCCGGCAGCCGUCAGGCCUCAACUGCAGCUUUAAUUAUAUAUAAGAGAAAAUAUGUGCUGAUUAUUUGAUGUCUUGGUAUGAGAUCACUGCCAACGUAUCAGUGUUACUGAUGUGACAGAUACAUAUAGCACAUUUAGAGCUCAUAUUAAAAAUGUCCCUAAUAGCUGGUGUGAAACCAGCAUUUUUUCCAGCUUCAGACGUAAUAUUUUAUCAUCCCCUGAACACUUGAAGCUUAUGUAUUCACGUCCAUGCGGCCAUGUGGCAUUAAGAAGUUGAAACAUGUAUGCACACUUUCUGCUGUAAUUUCUAAAUGUAACUGUUUCUCUUACUGUUAUGUCGAGACUUUCUUUUUUUUUUUUUUUUUUACUACUGUUUUACCAACUGAAUAGUCGAGAGGAAAUGACCAAUCGCGAGGUCGACAUUUCUGUCCUCACAUCUGACAAUCAUAGCUUGACACAAGCAGUUUGAAGUGAUGUCACCCACUGCCCUACUGAAACUGCUGCUGAUUUACAAGGCACCACAACACACACGUGUUGUCUUACAAUGUCAGGAAGGUAAUGUUCCUGUUGCUAAGCACAGCUGGCCACAGCGGUUGUCACUACCAAAUUCUGGCAGUGUGUACGUACUGCAGACAAACUUCCUACUCUGGUCAAGCCAGCCAAUAUAAACAUGUCGCCAAGUCCGUGCCAAGUCUAUCAGUGAUAUUUUAAACAUUGCUGUUGUUCAUGUACAUGUGAUUCUCUUGGCUGUCAAUCGAGUUCGAAUGACAAUAAAUCUGUGCAUGAUAUGAAACUGAAGAAAUUAGCGCAUAGAAUUGGUGAAAACAAGGGAGGGAACUUUCUCCCCGGAAAUGGUCAAGGUUUUGAUUUGAAGGAUUUGAUGCUCUGAGAAUUUUUAUGGCAUGAAGAGCUUACCGCAUGAAAGUGCGGUAUGAGUGCCAUUUUCGCUGUCAGCAUGUUAUUGUAUGUAGCGUAUUUACACGGAAAAAGAAACAAAAUGAAGUGUAGUGAAAUGAGUCAAAAUGCAGACUUAAAAAAAAACACUUGAUGGGCCCUGUGCAUCUGCAUAGCAACUUUGCUUGUUUCAGAACGAUGCUGUUUCUAUUUCCCCAUCCCGUGCCCAUGUUUGAAUGGAAAAUGCACUUACGCCCAUGGGUGUGUAUAAGUCUUAAAUGAGGUGUGGUCAGGGGCUCUAUUAGAUGGAAAGUGAUUGCAAAAACCUGGUCUGAAGUCAGGGGCGCAGUAUUUCAUUGUUAUUUAAAGGGCACAUUAUUAAAAUGGUGCAUAUAACAUAGAGGUUUGCGCACGCGCUGUCCAAUAUGUGCCAGACACAGAUGGUCUGCCCAUGUGCAAAGUGAAACCCCUUUCCUCUGCAGAGAAGCUACCUGGCCAUUCGCCAUUGUAAGAGCAAUCUGCCAAGGUGCAAGCACACAGAUUUUUAAAGGGAACAGUGGAAGGCCUGGAUUGAUUCAUUGCUUGUUUAAACCCCAAAACACACCCAUGAUUAACUAAGCGUCUAAGCACAGCCCUUUAAAAAAAAAAAAAUCCGCUGUUAAAACUCUAGUAUUGAGAAAGCCCUAAAUGCACUUGUGCCGUGUGCUUUAGACCAUGUGCGUAGAUCAUUCAAAUAUAAUCCACUGUCUCUCAUUAAUUCUACAAAAGUACUGCAGAGGCUGAAAACAUUAACAUUAAUUGUGAAUAGUGAUGCAAGAACUGCAGAACGAUCUUGGGAAACAAAAAAUAAGUACUAAACACAUUUAGUUUUCUUGCCACAGUGGGUUGUUUGGCAGCAUGUGAACUGCAUCAUUUCCUGGUAGUGUAAAACUAUAAAGUUAAUUUCUUCUUUCGUAAAAACCCUUUCCUUCUACAAUAAAUAGCGAGUUGGGACACUGAGACACUGAGACACUGACUGUUGAUUAACAUUUAAAAUCUGCUGCAGUUUUUUAGUAGAAAUCCUCUCACAUUCCUGUAGACUUGCACUCCAAAAAAAGAAGAAGCACAGACCCACUGACUCCAUCAAUGGAGCCAGUGGAAUUGAACUGGUCCUUUUCUCCUCCAGUCACUGUUUCCAUUAUGUCCUGGAGCCAGCUGGGAUUCUGUUAUGUAACACACACACGCACAUGCACGCACGCACGCACGCACACACACACACACACACACUUCUUUGGGUCAGUCAUUGAAGGAUCAUUGGAUCUACUAGCAAAUGGUUCUGUGUUUCAUGAAAGCUUUGGUAUUUUAAAUUCUUGUAAGUGUUUUGUGAGACUAUACAUUUAGAUCAAGCCCAUAGGCAACAUUCUAGACACUAUUAGUCCCUAAAGUAAAGGGUUAAAAAUACCUUUGUUCUGACCGCAGUGUUUCCACCGUGACAUUCUCUGUCUGCAGUUGAUUUUCAGGUUUUCAAUUACCUCAUUCCAGUUGCUUGCAAACCUGCAAAUUCAACACGACUGAAAUGUGUGUUAACACUAUGGCAGAAUGCAUGAAUGUACUGUACAUUUUCAUAUACACAGUGCAUUGGUACUGUAAUAGUCGUUUUGUAAUAGUCCUGUUUGGAGAAAGAGAGUGAUUUAUGCCAGCUCUGUAAAAUACAGAUGCUUAAAUCUCAGCCAGCUUAAUCUGGACCUUUAAACCUCUGCACGUUAACAUCAGCUCACAUGAUAGUGAAAUAGCACAACGCAUAAGAUAAACCAAAAACAGACUCAAUAUCUGCUGCUCUCCUUGUCUUGCGUGUUUGUUUGUGGGUUAUUCUUCUGUCCUCUUCUCACAUUUGCACACAAGCACAAUAAACGCUGUCUGCAUCUGACCAUUAGUUUGGUCGCCAAGCAACGAGACGAAGCAAAGCACAUUCAUUCUCAGCGUCGGAUCGCUCGAAUCCGGCUGUACUGCCUAAUGAAUCUGGUUUGUCUAAAGGUGGAUCAAGGCCUUGUUUUUACAGAGCAACAGGGCCAUCUCUCGAUUUUUGUCUGUUUACUGUGUUUUAGUAACAAAUCUCUCUUGGUAAUGAGUAAUGUCUGUAAUGACUCCAGAAAACAAGAUUGUUAUCCUUAAUUGUAUCUGCAACAUUGCACAAUGCUUUUAUUUAAUAUGUCUCCUAAUCAGGUUUCCUGGAAAGAACGGUGUAAUUUGCUGCUAAUUGUGGGGAAACAGAAAUGUCCUUAAGAGAAAAGCUCCAUUUUAACUUGAGUUUAUAUUCAUACAUUAUUUGUGAAUUACUAAAACCUUUAUCCUCCUCAUUUGUUAAUUUUGUUUUCUAUUUUUUUUUAUGUUCUUAUUGGCAGGGACAGUUUAUCACAUGGUAGUUACCACAGUACAAUUGAUACCAAAUAAGAAAGAAAGAAAAAACUUAAAACGGAAGCUGAACUAUGAAUUGUGUUAACUUGCUUCUUGACAAAGUUUCUAAUUACUUUGAAUUAAUUAAGUAAAAUGAAUAUACCAAUUGAACUCUGUCUAAGUUUCCCCUACUGUGUAACUAGAAUCAUAUUACAUUGUUCUUUCCAGGCAAAGACUCCAAGACAGGAUGAACCCGUACAGUUAAAAAAAUACAUUUUUACUUAUUAUUAUAAUUAUAAUUAUUGUUAUUAUUAUUAUUAAUAUUCUCUUUUCACACUUCUUCUCAUUGUGUAAACCUUCCUAUAUUGCACUUUAUCUCUCCAGUGAAUAGGGAGUAGCUAUACUGAAUGACUCGAUAAAAAAGUCUUUUUACAUAGAGCUUUUAAGAAAGAGGGCUACAGUACUGAAAAUAGCACGAGUGAAUUGUUGCUUAAUGUAUUAUAUUGUGGUCUUUUAUCUGUAAUGUUGUGUAUGUGUGGUGGGGGAGGCCUGGUGCCAAUAUAUUGUAAACUAUACUCAGCAGAAAUAACAGCAUUGCUAUUUUGUAAUAUAAAAACAAUUCUAUGUAUUAUUA